AUCCCGUAGCUUACACAAGCCGAGUUGUACUCAUUCGAAAGACUUUAAGACUUUCCUGAGUCCUGAGUUGCCUAAACGAGCUUGAUAUCAAUCAUAUAAAUAACGGUUUUUCUAUUUCCUACACCAAGGACGCACUUAAAUCUUGUCCUGUUUCACACACGAAAAAAAGGAAGAAAAAUCCAAAAAUCGUGUUCGGUGAUCGGAGAAAAUAAAUUUUUAUAUUUUUCAUCCUUUCCUCAUACUCGUACGUAUCUCCCCUGCGCUGCGCUGCCAGGACGAUUAUUUUCAAAUUAAAAAUAAAUAUUUUUGUGCAACAAGUGUGUGGUUCAAGUUCGAUUUUGAGUUUCGUAUCCGAUAUCCGAUUUAUACGAGAAGAGUGAGUGUCCAUAACUCGAUUUUUGUCGAAACUAAAAAGAAACAGACUCAAAAAAGGACACGAAGGGAAAACAUAUAAACCAAGAAUAAAACAACAUGAAGCAGUCAAUAUCGUUCUUUUUUGUGUUAGUAUGCACUGUAGUUUUGGCAGCACACGAGAGUCAAGCUAAAAAGGGUUGUAAUGCAUAUGGUCAUGCUUGCUAUGGUGGACAUGGUAAACGUUCUUUGGGGCAAGUUUCAGAUGAAAUUCGUCCGGAGACAAUCCUCCAAAUGUUCCCCAACGAGGAAGGAAGUGAAAUUAACACAUAUCCAAGAUAUCGUUUAAUAAAAAUCAUGAGACAAUUGCUUGGUGGGCGCACAAGACAACAAAUUGCUGCAGAUCGUCUCAAUGACAUGGAUUAUGCUUUAAGCUCCAGUGAAGCCUUUAAGGAAAACUCUUUGAACUAAGUUUAAUUCAAAAAAUGGAGUUAAGGAAGUCGGAACCCUUCUUUUCAUAACAAAAACAACAACAAAAAUCAAACCUACUCCUUCGCUGACCCAUAUUUUAUAAACUUUCUUUUCAAUAACCAAAUUGUAAAUAAUCAGAUUUGAUAGAACGCCAAAGGACAAAGGAAAUUGUAUAAAAUAAUUUUAAAAGGAAAAAAUGCUUCUUUUUUUCAAAUAUGUUCUAAUUUAACCAACUAUAAGUAAUUCUAACGGUCAUUUAUAAAGAGAAAUAACAUAAUAUAAAUCAUACAAAAUUAUUUAAAACAAAACUUCUUCUUAAAGAGGUACAAUAAUUAAAAAAUGAUGACUUUACAAACAUUUAAGUUUUGUUUUUUAAAUUACAAUUAAAUAAUAAUUAAUUAUAAUUUAUAUGAUUGAUUAAUUUUCCUAUUUUCUGAAACUAAUGGCUGGAGAGUUUCAGAAAAUGAAAAAACACACACAAAUAAAAUGCAACAAAAUAAGACUACAUUUUUAUUAUUAUUAUUAUUUAUUUAUUUGAAAUAAAAAGAAAAAAAUAUGUCUGCCAAAACCUGACAAAAAUAAUAAAGAAACAAACAAUAUUGGAAUUUCUUUAAUAAAACUGAUAUAGAAAACUAUAAGAGUGCAGAUUCUGUUCAGGUUAAUGGAAUACAUUAUUAACAUUAUGCGCAUUAAUAAAGAAAACAGAAAAACUACAUAGUGCUGUAUAUUUAUUUAAAUAAUGAUAUAAAUCAUACUAAAUUAUAAAAUUAGUGUGUAGGGCUAUAAAAUAUUUAUUAUAUCUGUAUAAAUGUCAAAUUGAAAAAAAUAAACGUUUAAACAAUUUA